CACACAGUUGUUUGAAACAUUGAAACUGUGUGAAUCAGACAGAUGGUCAGUGUCAGAUCACAUUUGUACAGAAUACAGAAGAGAGUGGGACCGGAAAACUCAAUAAGAACUACACUGGGACCUCGAUGGGACUCCACUGACACAUAUCAGAAGCACUGACAGCAAUCAUGGAGAGAAAUACGACUUUUCCCCUGUUCCACGGCAAUAACAGCCACACCAACAGCACUUGUUCCCGUGACAAUAUUUUGAAAACUGUGGUUUUUCCUGUUCUCUACUCCUUUCUCUUCCUGGUGGGGCUGUCACUCAAUGGCAUGGCGGUGUGGGUGUUUUUUCGCAUCCCCUCAAAAUCUCACUUCAUUAUAUACCUGAAGAAUAUUGUGGUUGCGGAUGUCAUCAUGACCUUCACCUUCCCUUUCAAGGUGUUAUCAGACUCCAACAUGGCUUCCACUGAGCUGCGUAUAUUUGUGUGUCGAGUUUCCUCAGUGCUCUUCUACCUCACCAUGUAUAUCAGCAUCCUCUUCUUCGGCCUCAUCAGCAUCGAUCGCUGCAGAAAGACCCUCAAGCCCUUUAGGGGGACUAAUGCAGCCCGGUUGGCCCGUCGCAAAUUCCUUUCAGGAGCCAUCUGGACCAUUCUGCUGGUUCUCUGUCUGCCCAAUGUGAUCCUGACAUGUAAAACCCCGACUUCAAAAUACUUCAAGUGCAGUGACCUGAAGACAGAGGCCGGGCUGUAUUGGCAUGAGGUGGUAAAUCAUGUCUGUCAAGUUAUUUUCUGGGGCAACCUGGUGACUGUGAUAGUAUGCUACACUCUUAUCACCAAAGAGCUGUACAGAUCCUACUCCCGCACUAAGUCCCGCAGCACCAGAGGGACAGCGAAGACCGACCAGGCCAAAAGAAAAAUGAAUGCAAACGUGUUCCUGGUUCUAGCAGUGUUCUUUGUGUGCUUUGUGCCGUUUCACUUUGCCCGUGUGCCAUACACCAUCAGCCAGACCCGAGUUCUCUUUGACUGUAACCUCAAACUCUUCUUCUUCCAGCUGAAGGAAAGUACACUCUUCCUCUCAUCCUUAAAUUCUCUGCUGGACCCUCUCAUCUACUUCUUCCUCUGUAAGUCCUUCAGGACUACUUUGUUCAAGACCCUGCAGCUGCCUCCUGGUACCUGUAGCUGGCUUAUAAGGAGAGGGUCAGACACAAAUACAGGCAGUACUCCUCUGAGAGACUCAUCUGUCUGUACAUAAAACCACUGGAUGUGAUAAAGACUUUUAUUUGUGCUAUCUGAAUGUGCGUAUUCUGUUGCCAGAUCACAUAGUACUUGAAAAUGAUGUUCUGUUUUUAAGAAUUGCAUCAAAUCCAAAUUCAGCUUUGUGACUAAACAUUAGAGAAAUACAGUAGGUGACACACACAGUGAUCUAUUUUCUGUAAAAACAGACAAUUAUUGCCAGUAAGAAAAGUUUAAACAUGAAGUUUUGCUGAUGUUUUCUUACCUGUGUUAAACUUGAAGAACCUAAAUUGGUUUUUCUUUGUUUUCCUUUCUGUUCUCUAUUCCAGUUGAUAACAACAUGAGGUUUCUCUUGUAUGUUUUCAUACCCACUAAUCUUGAAAAGAAGAAAUGUGAUGUAUUCAUUUGCAAACUGCUCUAAAAUAGUCUACCUGUAUAAUAAACCUCAAGUUUUACAAAGAAUCUCCAGUUGGUACACUGUGUUCUCUUAUUGUUACAUGAGCAUGAAGGUCCUGCUGUUUAGCUGUGUUAGCAUUGACUGAUUCUUUAGGAUAAUCAAACCAUAUAGCAGGCAAAUGUGUCAAAAUGUUAUGUCUGUAUACAUUUGUGAUUUAUUCUAUCGUUUUGCUGCUAACAACGAUCCUCAUCUAUCUAAGUAAGUAAGUAAGUAGCUAAGGAAUAGAAAAGCACUCAAGCACAUAAUGUGGGGGGCUUUCCAAAUGACUGGGUUGUUUGUAUUGAAACAACAAUAAAGGAAGUAAAGACA